UAUCAAACGAUGACAGGAACCAACGAGAUGGAUCAGCCAUCAGAGUAUACGACUGCCGACCAGCCGCGCACAGCUUACCACAGACCACGACUAUAAUUAUAUUAAUAUUGUGUUCUUCGAUUUAAUUUAAUUUUUCGACAAAUUUGUCUCAACAAAACGUUAUUUACCUUUUCCGCGGAGUGUCGUUUGAUGUAGCGGUGAUUGGCGACGAGUGACCGAUUAUUGUAAUAGAUAAAUGUAAAUAUCAAACUUCGAGGUGUAAGACACCAGUCGAUAUUGAACAGUCAAGUUAAAAAAGUUUCAUGGAGAUGGAGAAACAAAAUGAUAUGAAUGAUUUACGACGAAUCUCAAGCAUGAUUCAAAAUUAUUCAGUAUCGUGCCCAGAAAAACCAGACAAGCGGUAUUUAUUUCAAAUUAAGGUGUAUUGGCUGUCAAUAGUAACUUUACUUAGUGUAUUGGUUACCUUUGUGUUUUGUGUUUUGUGGACUAUAAUUUUCAAAUUGGAAGAUGCUACAUCAACACAUUGUGGCUAUCGAGUCAAAAAUUACUUGCCAACAAUAUCGACUGCUGUGGGAAACUAUCCUGUACAACGAUUUAUUUGGACUUUAGUUAUAAUCGCUCAUAGUCCAAUUAGACUUAUCGUGGUUGCUAUAUAUUACCAAUACUACACGAACAUAAUUAAACCAUCAUUACAUUGGUGUGUAGUAUUAUUAAGAUUUUUAACCACUGUUGAAGUAUGCUCACUAGUUGUAUUAUCAAUAUUUACUUCAUCAGAUUAUUACAGUAUUCAUGAAAAAAGUUUUGUCACAUUUAUCUGUGCUUCUGAACUUAAUAUGCUUAUUUCUUCUAUAUUGUUGAAAAAAGGACGAAUUACUAAAACUGUCAUGACAAAAUUAGAAAUACGGUCACUAAAAUACAAAAUAUAUUUUACAGUAUUCAACAUGACCAGUUUUGCAAUUGCUGGCUAUUGCUUUUUACGACAUAAUGCUUACUGCGAAUCUGGUGUAUAUACAUUUUUUGCUCUCUUUGAGUAUUUAGUCGUGUUGAGUAACAUGGCAUUCCAUCUUACAGCAGUUUGGGAUCUAGCAGGUGUAUCAUUAGUGGUGGACGAUAAUUUAAACCUCACCUAUCGUUGACUGGAGUCUGA